CACAGCACAAGCAGGUCGUUGUCGUUUAUUGUGGUUGGAGGUUAGACUUUCUUCCAAACAAUGUAAUUUUGGCCCUUUUCGACUCUUUCGGUCACCCUUUCUCGUCCAACAUGAGGUCGGUAAAAUAGUGGGCCGAUGCGUCCCGUAUUAAUAUUGUAGUAUGAAAGCUUCCUCCAGAGAGAGGCAUCUUCAUCAAGAUUGCUCUUACUUGAGGUUAUGAAUUUUAAAAAGAAGAACGUUAAACAAACCCAACCAAGAACUCUUCUUUUUUCAAAAUUGUCCCAGCGGGAUGUCAUGAUCAAUUUGAAAAAUUAAAAUUGGUUCUGUCUCUCUACAGCUUCAAAAUGGAAAUUGAUAUAAAAGAUUUGGAGGGUGUUUCCCUGUUACCAUUGCCUGAUGGUAGAGUGGCGUAUGUUGACAAGUCAGGAACAGUGUAUAUGUGUGGCUUGAAAGAGGAGUCCCUAUCUGACGAGUUACAAACAACACUAGGUGGUGGAUUUGGUGGGGAGCUCUCUGAUGCAGGGGAACAGGAUGAAACUCAAUUUGUUAUGUCAAAUAUAUUUUCUGACCAGUGUGCAAACCUAAUCCUGGCAGCUCCUGAGGAAACAGAUCUGAUUGGUAAUGGUGGAAUUAUGCAAGAUGAAGAGGAAGAGCCCCAACUUAAUGUGGGUCUAAUUGAUGGGCUUCCAAACAGCUCAACAGGAACUGGUUUUGGCAUCUUCCAAGUAGAAGAUGAAUGCGUUGAACAAGUAACUCUUUUCAAGUGCAGAGCUUGUCUAUUUACAGCUCCAGAGAAGAUAUCUAUUGUAAAUCAUUUCACCAAAGUGCACCUUAAUGUCUCGGAGCCCACCAAUACUUUUUUCUCUCCACCGGGCAGCAUUCCAGUAAAUGAAGAAUUUGAACGGCUCGCACAAAGUGUGGCCGCUGAUACUCAAAGCAUCUGUGAAGAUGAGCAAGAAAAUGAAACUGAACAGCUCCUCUUCUUGUGCGUCCAGUGCCAAGGGGCAUUCGAAAGCAUAGAGCUCUGCAAACUACACAUGAUUCAGGAACACAAGUUUGUGUCAGGCAGUGGAAAAUCUCAACCAAAGACUGAUAUCGGUCGUGUCCCUGAGCUGACCCCAUCUCUCACCAAUGUAGCUGCACCUGGCAAUAUUCCUAUAAUGACGCUCACGGAUGAUGGAGGCAUUCAAAUGACAUGGCAAGCUGUUGAACUGCCAAAUGCAUCAGCUGUUGCAGAAAAUUCUACCCAACAGGUUUUUGAUGAUAAUUCAAAUAAGGAACCAGAAAAGUUGCCUACAACAACAGAAAACAAAUUGGGAAGUUCCCCAAAGGAAGAGGCACAGAAAGUAAAACUGAGGACAAGGAAAAUAAAGUGCUCUUUCCAUUCCUGUCUGUCAAAGUUUUCUAAUGAAAAAUCACUUCAAACUCACAUUUCCUGCCACUCUAAAAACAAAGCUCUGAAAGAAUUUCAUUGCAUUCACUGUGAUGAAAAAUUCAACAGGUGGCGCCUGUGUUCUGCACAUUUGUGGCGUGUUCAUAAGGUAGAUGUUGAUCUCCUAACCUGUCCAGUAUGUCAAACCUACAAAGCUGCCACUCCAAUGAAGCUAGAAAUUCACAUGCGCACUCAUGGCGAUCUGAGACCAUUCCGCUGUAAAUUGUGUCCCAAGAGCUAUAAGCAAGCAGCGCAGCUUCGAAAUCAUUCUACAAGUGUUCAUGGGGACAAAAAUGUCAAAGAUGUGAAUCCUCGUUGGUACAUGGAACAACAGUGCCCUCAUUGUGGGAAGACUUAUUCUAAUGCUAAAGGCUUGAAAAGGCACAUACAAGCAGUCCACAGUAAAUUGAAACCCUAUGUAUGUUCGGUUUGCGGACAUUCUUCUGCUUGUAAAGCUAUGCUGGCACUACAUUUGCGUCAGCAUACUGGGGAGAAACCUCAUGCUUGCACUCAGUGUGAAUACCGUACAGGAGAUCACAAUUCCCUCAGAAGGCAUAUGAUGCGACAUACGGGUCAGCGAGCGUACAAGUGUCCUUAUUGCUCUUAUUCUGCAAUUCAAAGCAACAGUUACAAAGCUCAUUUGAGGAAUCGUCAUCCUGGAGAGUCAGGUUUCUUUUCCUGCUCUUCAUGUACAUUCCAGACUGUCAGUCAGGAUGCCUAUGUUCAGCAUGUUGCAGACCAUCAGAAAGGCUUAAUUGCUCCUAAAGAAGAUGUUUCUAAUAAUGAUGAGGAAGUAGAGUACUUUCCUGGAAACGUGGCUGCAGCACACCUUGUUUAUCGAUAUCUGGGUACAUUUCUGCAAGAACCUGGCCGUAGAUUGCCUCCUGCCAACAUAACUGAUUCUCGGACAUCUGCUGAUGGAACAACUCAAUCAAUCACCAUAAAAAUACCCUCUCAUGAAGACCCUAUAGUGGAGGAUGAUGAAUCUUCACACUCUUUCUUCCUUAAAGGCACUGAUGAUGAUAUUUGCAUUGAUACUGGUGGAAUUACUAUCCCUGCUGAACCAUCUGAUCUGGCUUUAAUAGAGUCUUAACUUAGAACUUUUCUUUUAAACAAAUAGUAAUUUUUUUCUUAUUAUUAAUCAUCUACUUAUAAAGUUGUUUUUUUUCCCUGCUUCUGUUUCUCAAUUAGUAGUUAUUUGUUACCAAUUUCUGUGGCUUUUUUUGUUUUUACUGUUAUUGUUUUGAUAAUGAGACCCUGUACAGAAUUGAUUUGUGAUAGUCCGUUAGUUAUCAUCUAGUAACCAACAUCAGCACAAAAAGUUAAAUCAGUUCUGUAGUUCCUGCUAGAUGUGGUGCAUAUGGCUUGGCGUUUUGCUAUCUUUUGUCUCUGUGCUUACUAAGUAUGUGAGUCAUUUACUAUGUUGUAACUUAGUCAAGUGCUACAUGACGCAUCUGCCAAAGGAACUGGUUGAAGAUAACUUUGUGGUGCAUACUCUGUGGUCAAACCCGGUUUAUGAUAGAUUUAAUUUUGGUCCAUAGUAAGCUGAAGAGCAGACCUUUGCCCCUUAGCCCGGAUAGAAUUGUUAACCUCUGUCUAGAGGUCAGACUGGACGGUAGAGGCAGAGGUAGUCUGUUCACUACACAUUAGGACCUAAAUGUACUAUACACCAAGUGUAGCUGCUGUAAGUUUCUGUCUGGAGGUUUUAAUUUAUUUAACUUAAUCAGAGAAAAGGAAAGAAUGUGUUUUUUCCUUGUAGAUUCAAUUGAUUUAGUGAUGUGGAGACUGAAUAUGUAAUGUUUUAAUUAUUAAGUGAUUUUAAUGCAUGUAAGACAUUUGAAUAUACACAGUCCUUUGCCAGUGUAGGGCAACAUUGCAUGUUUGGUUGCUGUGAACAGAGAGUACCCACCUUUAGAAGGGUUCAGUGAUCUUAGAAAGAAGUGUCUGUAGACAUAUUUUCUAUUUUAAUUCUGUCUCUGUGCCUCUUGUCUAUGACAGUGACAAAUAUGUUAAGUAUGAAUUUUACUACAAUGUUAAGGCCAGAAGACCUUAAUGCAUUUUCUGUGAUUGCACAUUUGUGCUGUGAAGAAAAGUGCUGUGAUGACUAAGGCCAUGGUAUGUGUUUAUACUGCUGUGCAAGAUCGUACAAUCAUUGUAGAACUAGUGGAUGUGCCAAAUGUUUGUGCUAUUCACAUUUUGUUCAUUUGUGGAUUCGCAUGUUUGAGAGAGUAACGUUAGGUCUAUAAAGUCUCUUGAUGGAUUUCUAAUAGGAGUAAGAAGUCACUACUUAUACUUAAAAAGUUUCCCACCUUUUAUCAACUGUAUACAGAAUGGAGAAAUUGUAUGAUAGGUUAUUUAAGACUGCAACCAGACGGGCAUCUAUGAGGGUCCUCUCUGCUCCUUAUGGUUUUGACCUUGUCCAUUGCUAUCUAAAAUCCAUGUUUGAUUAAUAUUCUAUGGUGUGAUGUACAAAAAGCUUUCCUUCGUAAAAAUUGUCUUGAAACACUAGACACACUUGAACUGUACAAAAUAUUAGCAUUGUUUUGCAAGAAUGAUCUUUUUAGUACAAUUUAUUUGUAUUGAGCAUGAUCCUUCACAUGGUGUGACUAAUGCAAGGAUUUGAUUUAAUUUUUUUUUUAAGGUGUGUUUCAGUGUGGGGAAUAAACUGGUAGGCAAGUAGAAGUAGAAGUUAUUGAUUUAAAAAGAGUUUUAGUAGAAUGUCAUAUAAUACUGUUUGGACAUUGCAUGCAGCCUUAAUAUUUAAUGUCAUGGUCUCAAAUAUAUAUGUACCUAUAAAUAAAUCAAUAUUUGUAACAA